AACAAUACACAUGUCGGCCACACAAGCAUUCAGGGCUGGUCUACGUAGGGUUUCUCCUGCUGCUGUCCGUGUUUCGUUGCUUAAAAAUCAUCUUCAACAACCGAGCUACUUAAAACGACAAAACAUGUCGGGCUACACUGCAGUUGAGAAAGGAGCGCCAAACUCAUUGGAUUACAGUAUUUAUUUCAAAAAUGCAAAUGGCACACAUAUCUCCCCAUUUCAUGAUAUUCCACUGUAUGCUAACAAAGGGCAAACUAAUAUGCAUAUGGUUGUUGAGAUACCAAGAUGGACGAAUGCAAAAAUGGAGAUAGGAACAAAAUUGGAUAUGAACCCCAUCAGGCAAGAUGUGAAGAAGAAUAAACUGCGAUUUGUAAAGAAUGUAUUUCCUUACCAAGGCUACAUCUGGAAUUAUGGAGCCUUUCCACAAACUUGGGAGGAUCCAUCUCAUAAAGACGAAAACACAGGAUGUGCCGGCGACAACGAUCCCCUUGAUGUUUGUGAAAUAGGUCAAAGGAUUGCUCAGAGAGGAGAGGUCAUUCAGGUCAAAGUACUGGGAACGAUGGCCCUGAUUGACGAGGGAGAAACUGACUGGAAGAUUCUGGCUAUUGAUGUUAGAGAUCCCCUGUCUCAUACACAUCUAGAUGUGUAUAAGAGACAGCCCUCCACCCUUUCAGCUACUCAUGAUUGGUUUAAACUAUACAAGAUUCCUGAUGGCAAACCAGCUAAUAAAUUUGCAUUUGAGGGUGAAGCCAAGAGUGCAGAGUUUGCUACGAAUGUUGUUAAGACAUGCCAUGAACAGUGGAAAAAGUUGAUGCAAGGCAUAACUGAACCUAAAGGAAUCAAAUGUCAAAACACAACAGUUGCUGGUAGUGUCCAUACUAUACCAUCUUCAAUGGCACAAGAACAAGUUGAAAAAGAAACUAACAAGUUUCAAGCUGUGUCUGAAGAUGUAGCAGCUGAUAUUGAUAAAUGGCAUUUUGUUAAAGACACAGCAGAGUAAAUGAUGGAAAGGCCAAAGAUGUCAUGUAAAUCUUAAAUCAAGAGGUCCAAAUUCAGCAACCAAUUUAAUAGAUGUUUUUAUGUUUGUCAAAUUUUUAUUAAAAAUUUAUCAUUCUUUUUUUUUCAUUAAAUUAUACAUUUUCAAUUGUUUUCAAAUUAACAACUUCGGCCUAUGAAUAAAUCUGGCAUUAAAUGUCAUCUUAUUAGAAUAGCUUUUUGAAGAUGUUAUGAUAAGUUAUUAAACUACACUGAAAUCAAAUUAUGAAGAUACCAAAAAUAUAUGAAGGUUAUUUUGCAUCAAGAGAAAUAAUAUGAAUUCAUGUUUGCCCUACCUGACGUUUGUUAUAGUACUAUAUGCACAGUAUGUUUCCAAAUACGUCCAAAAAAAAAGCAAAAAAAACCUAUUCAACACAUCAGGUAGGGGAAACAUUGAUUUGUAAUACUAAAACUACUAAUUUAUGACAACCCAAUUUCUGUACAACCUUGAAGAAUUAAUGUGCUUUUUAAGUAACACUUAAUUAUUAAUGUUGAUUUCGUCAUAUUUUCGAAACUUUAAACAACAUGCUGUUUUCACAUAACGUGAAACCUCGAAUUGAAGCCAUGGGCUUCUUUUUGUUUUUUUUUGCAAACAUAGGAUGGGCUUCUUUUCAAAAGAAUAUUUGGGAAUUACCACUAUAAAACAAUAUAGAGCCACUGUAACAUCAAUCUGUAUCAUGGAGUGUAUUACCCGGCAUUAAAUCACCUAAACUACUGUAUAAAGCAUGUUUUUAAUUUAUUUUGCUUCUAUAGUACUGUACUGUACUAUCUCAAAAAAAGGCACAUGCUAUCUUGAAGGAAGUCCAUGGGCUUCUUUUUGAGAUGGACUUCUUUUCGAGGUGAUUUUUGCAAACUAAAGAGGGGUGCUUCAAUUCGAGAUGGGCUUCUUCUCGAGAUUAAGCACAUUUGGCUUCUAUUCGAGGUUCUAUGAUAGCCCAAUUAAACAGGGCGAUCAUUAUUCGCAAGUUGUUAUAUAAUAGUUGUAAAAUUAUUGCAAGUUUAUACUUGCAAUAUUUUUUGGCAUGUUAUACUGUAAAUCAUGAUGUUUCUACAUUUUUCUGUAGAGGUCUGUGCUUAGCUGUAAGAAAUGUUUGUAUGUACCUGUACUGUAUAUGUGCAAGGCAAAAAUAUAUUAAAUUAUGGACUUCAAAAGAAUAAUAUUUUUCUGGCUCUUCGACAUGCCAUUCUUUUUUGAUUAAAAUAAACUAAUUAUCACUGA